UUUUGAAAAGGUAAACCAAUUGGAUUAGAGAUUUUGCAGCUCAGAUGUAUUUAAAGGGGAGCAGUUUGCUCAGUGAAUGAAACUUCUUGAAAGAAAUUCCUGUUUUUGAAAGGAGGUGCUUUUUGACAAGGAUAAUCUGCACCAGCAUGAUGAAAUUCGCCAUAUUCCUGUUCUUUGUUGUGUUGAUUCCUGCAAAGUACGCAAGUGCUCAGACAUGUGUUAUCGAGAGCCUGAUUAAUGAGAGGGUCCAGGCAGCAGUCGAUUCUAAAGUGUCCUCAAUCCUCGCCAAGGUCCAGCUGACUUGCACAGGCACGUCUGCACCUGGUGCUGAUGCUAUCUGCCCUUCAGGGUACCUGGCAACUGGAUGUGCCUGUGGAAUGGCUUGUGGUUCCUGGGAUAUUCGUGGUGAUAAUGCCUGCCACUGCCAGUGUGCCAGAAUUGACUGGACUGCUGCCCGCUGCUGCAAAGUGGCCAUUGUUGGCUGAUGUCUGCUCAGCUUCCUGUUGACUCCAGCUUCUAUGCUCAAUAAACAUGCACCUUUUAUUUU